GACGGCAGUGUAUAAAGUAUACAGACCUGAGCUGAGAAGACGUGACGUUACUCUGACAACCCGAAAACAUGCCUGAACCGUCGAAAGCCGCUCCGGCGCCUAAGAAGGGCUCGAAAAAGGCUGUGACCAAGACACAGAAGAAGGGGGACAAGAAAAGGCGCAAGACCAGGAAAGAAAGCUAUGCAAUUUACGUAUACAAAGUGUUAAAACAAGUCCACCCGGAUACUGGUAUUUCUUCCAAAGCAAUGGGCAUCAUGAAUUCAUUCGUGAAUGACAUCUUUGAGCGCAUUGCCGGCGAAGCUUCACGCCUGGCUCAUUACAACAAGCGCUCCACCAUCACAUCCAGAGAGAUUCAGACCGCCGUGCGCCUGCUUUUGCCAGGAGAACUGGCCAAACACGCCGUGUCUGAGGGCACCAAGGCUGUGACCAAGUACACAAGCUCCAAGUGAAGGUAGGAGCUCAAGAUGGACUGAACGGAAGAGGCGCAUAUGGAAGACGGAAGUGAUCUCUGCUCUUUGAUACCGCAUGUUUAUUCCGGGGUUUUUGUUCGUCCUGCGCAAAAUUACUGCCUGAAAUGUUUCUGAAGGACAUUUAAAAACAGUCUUUUUUCCUUUAACGCUUUUAUUGAAUGUUCCUCCUGUAAUGUACUUGUUUGCAUGUGUGAAUGAAGGCGCAGGUUUCCUCAUCUGGAACACUUUUCGGUGCUGUUUAGCUCCAGAGUGCACUUCAUAACAUCACUGUGGUUCCAGCCAGAAGCCCAAGGGACAGCGGGGGGGACCGAUUUUAUGUACUGUAUGGAUUUAAAACAGUGUCUUAAUAAUGAACAUUCAUACACAGUGAUUUUUGUCAACUCACAAUAAAUGUUUAUUCAUGUUGA